UGUUCACCGUUCAUCCAUUGACGUGUACAAAACAGAGUUUUCCAUUCUGAAUUUCACUUGAAUACGCUACACCAUCAACAACAAAAAUGCUAAAAUUUAAUUUAUUUUCGAUUCUACUGGUCGUCGGUAUCGUACAACUAACACAUGGACUGUAUUUUCACAUAGCCGAAACGGAACGGAAAUGUUUUAUCGAGGAAAUUCCCGACGAAACAACCGUAUUAGUCAAUUACAAAGUGGAAUUACAUGAUCCGCGCUCGGGUGGAUUUAUGCCAUCGUCACCGGGCAUUGGUAUGCAUGUCGAAGUUAAAGACCCCGACGAUAAGGUUAUUCUGUCACGAGUAUACAGCUCCGAAGGUAGAAUAUCGUUCACGUCUCAUACGCCCGGCGAGCAUGUAAUCUGCAUGUACUCAAACAGUACGGCCUGGUUCAGCGGAUCCCAGCUACGUGUUCAUUUGGACAUUCAAGUCGGCGAACACGCCAUCGAUUAUGCCAAUGUAGCACAGAAGGAAAAAAUGUCUGAACUCCAAUUACGGAUACGUCAACUGCUCGAUCAGGUGGAACAAAUUACAAAGGAACAAAACUACCAAAGAUAUCGCGAAGAACGUUUCCGACACACCAGCGAAAGUACAAAUCAACGGGUGUUGUGGUGGUCAUUGGUGCAAACACUGGUUCUGGUUGGCAUGGGAUUCUGGCAGAUGCGUCAUUUGAAAAGCUUCUUCGAAGCGAAGAAAUUGGUUUAAGUUCGUCGGUUGGCCGUUUGUUUUGUUAGGUGAGAGGAAGGGAGUUUGGGUCGAUGAAAGGAGGAGUCUAUGGCGCCGCUGAACAUCUUUCGGUCCGUGUAUUAUUUUGUCAAUCGUUGGCAGUUUAAUGGAAAUUAAAAAAAAAAUUCUUUUUG